AUGGCGCUGCUGGCGCUGCUGCUGGCGCCUGAAAGCACUAUCGACGUGGCCGCCGACUCUCUGCCAGCGCCCACUCUCGUUCACCGCCACUCGGAGCCUGUCGGCGCUACCGAGGCGACGGUGGACCCUAAGGACCUUUUUGGCGGCACCAACAUGGCCAGCUUAGGCCUGUGGGGGGCGCCGGCACUGGCGACGCUGGCGGCGCUGUUCAUCCUUGAGCGCGGGCGCUCGCAGCUGUUGGGGCUGUUGCCCUUGGACUUUUCUUCGUUUGGCUUCGACUUGACGGCGCUGGCAACCGUGCGGGAUACGGUUGCCGACGUGCUGCCGUUGGGCGAGGUUGCCGAGGCGCUGAUGCCGGAUAUGGUGCCGGUGCUCACGGCUAAUGAUACCCUUGACGAUGUCCUGUUACCGGAGAUGCCACUGUUGCCCACGAUGCUGAUGAGCCUGUUGGCGCUGAUGCCGCCGUUGCCAUUGCACGCGGCUCCGUCGCAGGCGCCGGCGCCGGCACCGAUGGCAGCGCCGCAGGCAGCGCCAGUGGCGACGUCGCCGGUGGACACUGUCCCCGACUCGCUGGCGUCAGCAGCGGCGCCGGCGCCGCCGCCACGCAAGCGCGCCAAGCUGGAAGCGAUGGCGCCGACGUCGCCGUCGCUGGCCAACCCGGAAGACAUCGUCUACCCGUGCCGCGAGUGUGCCAAGGUGUUCAAGCGGCUGGAACACUUGAAGCGCCACGUGCGGCUGGUCCACCUGGACAUCCGCCCCUUCCACUGCAGCUACUGCGAGAAGAAGUUCAGCCGGCUGGACAACUUAGCCCAGCACACCAAGACCCACUUGCGCACCGACGCCGACGGCAACACCCUGGUGGUGUAUGGGAACCCCAACUCGCGCAAGCGCAAGCUGACGAGCGGGUAA